UUCUCAAUCACGUCAUCUCAAAGACGUAAGGAUUUGUUCGAUUCAUGUUAUAUUUCAGUGUCGAUUGCCCAAAAUUGAUAUGGAGGGUCUUAAUACCCGAAAUGCUUCAGAACCGACAAUUUAUUCGACAAUGCAAAUUCAAGAUUAUUACGAAAACUCAACAGAGAUGACAUUUGAGGCCACAAUUCCUGAGCUUAGAUCUCGCUCAGUGAACAUCCACGGGAUCCUAUGGCCUAUCCUCUUUACAGUUCUCAUCAUCUUCGCAAACUCUUUAAGUUUCUUAGCCUUCUGCCUCGAGAAACGACUCCGAACAUACAACAACUACUUCAUCAUUAACUUAACCAUCCUCGACCUUAUAACCGGUGUGUUUCUCAUCCCAACUGUUGUCCACACACACAUCGGUUACUACCCGUUCUCUCAUGAUAUCUGCAAGGUGACUUCGGCUAUCCGGUCGGGCAUUCUCAACGCCUCGAACCUCGCCGUGGUCGUGAUCUGCGCUGAUCGACAUCGGGCCACCUACGACCCCAUCAACCAUUUCAUGUCGAGAAGUAAACAAACGGCCGUGAUCAAAAACACCAUCCCUUGGAUUGUGUCAUUCAUAUUUUGGUUCCUCUACAUCACCACCCCGGAGUACAUCCUCGGGUUCGAUAACGGUCGCCACUGCCUUCGCUGGUACACCUUAACACCCCUCCUUGCCAUCAUCCCGUCCAUCACGCUCUUUUACCUACCAUUCACCAUCAUCGCUGUACUCUAUUUCAGAAUCGUCGCCAAAAUUCAAACCACUCUUGGAUCAAAGAAUGUCCAAAGAAAGUUUGCCAUGAAGGAUGUAAGCAAGGAAAAGAUCAAGGUGGACUUACCCCACGAUGACAUGACGUCCGCAGUCAGUACUGUCACCAUAAAUGUAGACCUCUCGUCCGAUAAUCUUGGUCAGGAACCAAAGAUGGACAACGGAAAUGCUGUCAACAAACCAAAGAAAGCGACAAUUAAGCGUGAAUCCGCAAACGAAAUGCACAAGGCCACAAGGACGCUCCUCUUCAUCGUCGUUGCUUUCGUCGUAUCGUGGCUUCCCCAGAGCAUCAUCAUGCUCAUCUACUCCAUCGAACCCGUGCUCGUCGUGCCAGGACUACCACGACCCGGUCGACUAUUCUUCGGGUGGAUGACGUAUCUUAACAGCCUACUCAAUCCAGUAUCGUAUGCCGUGUCGCAGCCGUUGUUCAGAUCAACCAUAUUGAACAUUCUGUUAUGCAGACGUAACUGAUCAUUUGGACCAACGUCACGCAAGUUUACCAUUGGGCGUACUAUUUCAAUCAAAAGAUCCUUAUUGGGCAAGUCCACCGCAGCAAAAAGUUGAUUCGAAUAAAAAGAGGAAAAUCCAACAAGCAUAACACUGAAAAUUUCAUCAAAAAAUUAAUGUAUAAUAAGAAAGCUAUGGCAUUUUUUUUAGUUUCGCUUUAUUUCACAAAGCAAUUAUAUGCACAUCCUGGGGCCCGUAACACAAAGCUCAGCAAAUCAUUGAUUGCAUUGACUACAAUGUACAAUUAAUCGUAAAAGUCAAGCGUGUGUUUAAUCGCUAACGUUAAUGCUACGGGACUCUGAUCGGUAUGCAAAUGAGGGAACUGGUGAUGUCACCCGCUCACUAUUUCUUUAGCAUUUUGUUUAAAUAUGAAAUAUUCUAAUUUUCUUUUCAUUGUCUUGUGAAACAAAAGUUUUAUUCUUCCCUUAACGUGUGGGAUUACCAUUGUCUUAAUAUGGUUCAGUCUAGUUGUUUCUUAUUGUCAAAUCUGUGAAAAAUGAAAUAUUGUAUAAUUCAAAAGAUGAAAAAUAAGAAUAGUAAGUGAGGGACAAAGCUUGUGCAUAGCUUUGUGAAAAAUGAGCGAAAUUUUGACAUGUCAUAAAUUUCUUAUUUUACAUUCGAUUUUGAUGAAAUUUUCGGAGUUAUGCUUUGAAUUUUUCUCAAUAGAUUCAAAUCACCAUUAUUUUUUUUGGGGGUGAACUUGACCUUUAAGGGCAAUGCACGAUGAUUAGGAACUGAUAUAUUAUAUGUUAUUCGAUUGCCUUGGCGAUGGCAAACGAUGUUAUUUACACAUUAACCAACAGCAUAUCAACGUUUAGCAUAGACUCUAGAUAAUUAUGAGAAAUGAAAGAAAAAUAGGAUUAUAUUUUUUUGGGUAGUUUUCUGAAAGGAAAAUUAGCCAUUGCCAUGGCUAUGGGCCAUUUGUGACAUUGAUAUUUAUCACUAAAUUCAAACAAAAGGCAACAUAAAUUUUAUCAUUCUAAUGAUCUCAUGCAGAACACGUACUGUAUUUUUUUUUUCAAAAUUAAGUAGAAUGGGUCAAUCCUUAUGCAUUAAGUUAAUUUUUCAUUAUGAAUUUUUAAGUAUUUUCCACCUGUCCAUUUUUUUUUUGCAAAUCACAUGUUAUUUGGUUGCCAUGACAAUGGCUUAAGAUGUUAUUAAUACAUUCAGCAACCAACGUAUCUCUGUUAGCACCCUAAAAUUAGAUGAAAUGAAAUUUUAAUCAGAUUCUGCAAUUUUCCUGAAAAAUUGUACUUUUCUGGGGGAAAAUAAGCCGUUACCAUGGCAACAGGCCAAAUUGGAACUAUUUGGAUGAUCCUAAACAUUUGUUAAUUUCAUUCAUAUGUAAUUGGAAUCUUGAAAUUUUUCUACCGGGUAAUUCAUACCAUUCUUAACCAUCCACAGGGGAAUGUCUCUUAUUUUCUUCGAAAUUAAUCCGUUGACAUGGCAACGGCUGAAGACGACAUUUAUAAAUUUACCUCCCAUUUUAAAAAUAAAUCUCAUGGCAUAUACUAAUAGUUUAAUGAUUUAGUCAUAAUAAUGGUUAUCCGCUCUUAAAUAACCAUAUGGCUACCAUAAUUAUGUUUGCAGAAUACGCAAUAAAUUAGUCAGUGUGCUACGCAAUAAAUUCACUGCUUUUUGUGUGAAAUAUAGAAUAAAACACAAUAUACAUUUAAUACCAUAAAACGAUGUAUCAGAAGCAAGCUCCGUGUAAUUAAAUGGUUAACUUAAUCUGAACAUUCCGAUUUGAAUACGUGUAGUCUAUUAGCAGUUUAUAAAGCUUUCUCCAUUUUAUCCUAAACUUUAACUUUAAUUGAAAACUGCAGAUAAUUUUGUCAAAAUCUGUUGGCAAGUGUAUUGUAUAUUUUUCUGCGAGGUGUACAUGUAUAUAAGGCAAAAUUUAUCAUAAUUAUUAUCAUAAUAAGCCUAAUAGUUAUCGUAAUUGUUGUCAUUCUCGGUUUUGUUGUCCUUAUCAUUAUCAUUAUUAUCAUUAAUUGCUUUGGUUUUGAUUUGUAUUCAUAUAAGCCUAUAAACAUCGUUAUCAGCAU